GACAGGAAAAUAGACAAUUUUCUAUUUAUAACAUUGCUUAUCCCUAGAUUAGGUAUUUUCAUCGUCGACCUUGAUGCAAUAACAAUAACAAAUGUUUGAACAUUUUCCAAAGAAGGAAAGGAGACAAACAUGUGGGCUAACUUCAGAUUUAUUCGAAGCCUAGUAUUUUGAAUGCUCUGAAUGCUCCCAAUUUGUUUAUAAUUUUUCAACUGAAAAUUAUAUAAACCUUAAUCUUUCGAUCAUAACCCUACAGCAAUGCUGAUGACUGCCGGAUCGAUAUACCAUUUCUAAUGAAUAUUUUACGAGGCAGAUUAGCAAAUUAUUUUGACCCAAUAAAUAUUAACUAUAUCCAUAAUUUGACAUUUUCAACGUAGAAAACACAUUCUUCUAUUAAAUAUGCGAAUGAAAACGCUAUGAAUCGCUUAGCAAAAUAGCAAUGUAUUUGCAUAAAAUCAAUUUUAUGGAAGGCGAUAUCCUCGCCGUGAUUGCUCGUGAAACGCAACAAAAUAUAGUCUUCUAGAAAUAAUUUUAACUUUCUGUUUAUUCGGAUUCAUAUAAUAUCGCAUGAUUGUUUAUAAAAAGCAAAAAUAAAAAUGGAUACGAGUUACACAAUAGACCAAAUGGACAACAAGGACUUGAGACUUGUUCAUCAGAACACAAUUUCGAAGACACUGCUGGGACAUUGAUAGCAGAAGCUGCGACAAAGGGGUUGAAAAAUUUUCCAGUAGAUUUAAAAACUAAUGUUAAAGCUUACACACACUCUUGCCAGUGUAUGAUAUCGAGUUACGAGUCGGGAGACUGGAAAACAUUUUUUAAGUUGUGGAACUUGUUGGUGCCCGAAGAUGCUAAGCAAACGAGAGCUUAUAAAAUUUUGACCUUGAAUUUACAUGUACAUUUUACAAUGUUACCUAAACGUAUGUUACUUUCGUAUAAAUAUAAAGAAAAAGAUAAAAUGCAGGAUAAUUCUACAACAUCUUUAAGUCAACAAGUAUUGGAGCAUGAUGAGAAUUUUAUGACCGAAUUAGAGAAGAAUAUGAACGAUAGCAUGAAAGAGUUGUGCGAAUUUUUAAACACGACUGGCAAAGAAUUAGAAAACGAUAUGGAAUUACGACCCUUUUUCGCGUUACCCUUUAUCGAGGAUCCGUGCACAGAACCAUCUCUUGCUAAAAUAUUUGAGAAAAGUUGGAUAGACGAAGUAACAGAAGGCUUGCAUCUGUUUCUUAAGAAAUAUAAACCUAAUUUCAGCGAAACAGACUCGAAUAGAAUGUCUGCUGAGCAAAAGGAUUCUAUUACGAGGAAAACAACUAGAUACAAAAAUGUGCCAAUCAUACCAAACGACAGAAAUAUUCCAGUGUUUUUGGAGAACAGCGAAGUCGAAGAGGAAUAUACUUUAACAGACGAUACAAAGUAUAAUCAGGAGUCAAAAAGUAUGCAGACAGUACUGAUGAAUUUCACUACGGAAGAAAUGCAUUCAUCGCAAUUGAUUAGAUGUAACAAGAAGCUAAUGCAGCGUACUCAAGAAUUAGCUAUGACGAAAGCUCAUUUAUCCAACGUUCAUUUCAAUUACGAAAAAUUAAAAGCAAGAUUUCACAAACUGCACGCUGAUUACCAUAAACUGAUGAGCAUCGCGAGAGUAUUAACGACCGCUUUAGAAAAUUCGGUUAAGGGUCAGACUGUCGACUUCCAAGCUAUGCUGGAAACUUGCAUCAAGAUCUUUCCAGAUUUGUUUAAUCAAAAUAUAAAGGAUACUUCGUAUUGCUCCUCGGAGUUGCUGUUGGAUAAAUCUCGUUCAGAUAUGAAAAUGAUCGAACAUACUAUGCCAUACGUUGCAUCUGUGCCACCGAAAUUAUUGAAUUUUAAAAAAAUCAAGCUACAUCUGAUAAACGGAAGUAUCAAAACAAAACUGUUUCUCUUGCAAGCGUUACGAAGGAAAAUAACGCUUAGCCAGCCUGGGGAAAGAGACGAAGCAGUGCACGAAUAUAUAAGCAGAGACUUGCUAGGCCUUCACGGUCAAAUUGCCAGCUACAAAGGCAAAUCUAUCCUCCCGUACUUAUUAACGCCAGACAACAUCAUCAUGCCGCAUCCUCUACAGCAAUCAACAACGAGAUUGUUGAAUGCUCUAGCAUCGUUCAGAUGCGGACGAGAUUACUUGUCGUGCGAUCCUACCGUCGUUGACGUGGUAUGCAAUUGCCUGAAGAAUACCUGCGAUAACGACGUAGAUACGUUUACUUGUAACAUGAUGAUCGCGAUGCUGCAGAAAUUGUCUGUACGCAAACAGCAGAGAAUCUAUAUGAUCGAGAAUGGAUUGGUGGAGUGGAUAAUUCAUCAUUUGCACGAUCAAUGUCGCAUCAUGGACUCUUAUCGAUUGGAGUACGCGGUGGCACUUUUAAUGAAUUUGUCGUUACAUCAAAUAGCUCAAAGGAGAGCGUCCACGAUGGCUGCUCUGCUUAUUACAACGUUAACCGAUUUACUCGUAAUGGACCACGCGUCUGCUUUGCCGUACGUUAACGGAGCGUUGAAUAACUUCUUGACGAAUCGCACGAUUAACGAGGAAGCGAAAAGGUUGAAGUUUUCAUCCCUGUUGGAACAGUAUGGCAGACAUAAAGAUGGAGAAGUGAGGAAACACUUGGAUCAUAUUUUGAAGAUACACAGAGGCGAGAUUACCAUUGAAACAGAAAUUGAAGAAAUGGCGGAUAACGAUAGUGAAGAGUAUGACGUAUUAGAAAAUGAGUUGGAAGAAAAUGACCCAGUAACAAAUAAUUAUGGCGAAUUAUGUGGCGAAUCGUUACUCGCGUCUUGUUACACCGUAAACGUUUUUCGAGAGAAGGAAUCGACUUCUAACGCAUCAUUGUUCAAAGAAUAUAAAACAGUGUGCGACGAACAAGAAAUGCAAACUUUACGUCACGAAUACGCAUCGUUUGGGAAACAUUUGUCAAGGAGGAGCAGCAAAACGACCGUAGCAUCGUCGACUCUCUUAGAAGUUGGAAGCGAAGCUGAAUCGACAGUGAUGCAGAAGUUGAGCAGUAUAGCGUCGUUGAACAUCGAGAACGCCGUAAGCGAUAAUAUUUCGUGGAUAGAGGAGCCCCAAGUCGAUAGCGAGGAAGCCUUUUUACCGAAGCCAAAGCUUCCACGCACGCCGCCAUAACUGAAACCUUUUCUAUCAGAAGAAUUAAGUUUAGAAGGAUUAAGAAGGACGCAUAUGUAACGCGCUGCUUGUGGAUUAUUUAAAUAACUUUAUUUUAAACAACAUAACGAUUAUGCCAUUGGUCAACGUUAAAUAUUCGUUUAAUAAAUAUGUA